GACUCCCAUUGGCGGGCGGCUCGCGCGGGGCACGCCGGGAGCUGUAGUCCGGCCCCUCAGGCCGCGCGCGGGGCACGCCGGGAGUUGUAGUCCGGCCCCUCACACGCGGCGCCGGGAGCGGGAGCGACACCGGGAGCGGCACCGGGAGCGGCACCGGGAGCAUGGCGGGGCUGGAGCUGCUGUCGGGCGGGUUCCGAGCCGAUGGGCGCCGGCCGGACGAGCUGCGCAAGGUGCGGGCCCCUGGGGUGCUGGCGCGGGCCGACGGCUCGGCCUACCUGGAGCAGGGCAACACCAAAGUGCUGGCGGCCGUGUACGGCCCGCAUGAGGUUCGGGGGUCCCGUUCCAAAGCCCCCCCGGACCGUGCCCUGCUCAGCUGCCGCUGCAGCUCGGCCCCGUUCGCGGGGGGGGGCGAGAGGAGGCGCAGACCCCCCCAGGGAGGGGGCGACCGGCGCGGGGGGGAGCGGGCGCUGCUGCUGCGGGGGGUCCUGGAGGGGGCCGUGCUCAGCCAGCUCUACCCCCGCUCCCAGAUCGAUGUGCACGUCCAGGUUCUCCAGGCAGACGGUGGCGAGCUGGGGGCCAGCGUCAGCGCGGCCGGGCUGGCCCUGCUGGACGCGGGCGUGGCGCUGCGCGGCGCCGUGGUGGCCGGAUCGGCCGGGCUGGCCGAGCCCCCCGCCGGGCCCCCAGUGGCCCUGAGCGACCUGAGCGCGGCCGAGGAGGCGGCCGGCGGCCCCCGGCUGGUGGUGGCCACGGUGGGCGGCGGUGGCCAGCUGGCCCUGUGCCAGCUGAGUGCCCGGCUGCACCAGGACAGGCUGCGGCCGGUGCUGGACGCCGCGCAGGACGCGUGCCGCGCGCUCGGCGCCGUGCUGGACGGCGUGGUGAGGGACAGGCUGCGACGGGACACCGCCAUGGAACACUGACCAAUGUGGUGGACAUCAUGGGGACAUGGCCAUGGAGCACUGACCAUCACUGUGGUCAUCGUGGUGGCCAUCACAGGGACACCGCCAUGGAACACUGACCAUCACUGUGGUCAUCAUGGGGACACCGCCAUGGAACACUGACCAAUGUGGUGGACAUCAUGGGGACACUGCCAUGGAACACUGACCAUCAUGGUGACCAUCACAGGGACACCGCCAUGGAACACUGACCAUCACUGUGGUCAUCGUGGGGACACCGCCAUGGAGCACUGACCAUCACAGGGACACCGCCAUG